AUGCUCACAUUUAGAAAGACUGGUGAGUUAGAGGUUAUUGGUUACUCAGACUCAGGUUUUGCUGGAUGUGUGGAUAGUAGAAGAUCCACUUUUGGUUAUUUGUUCCUUUUAGCUGGAGGGGCAAUAUCAUGGAAAAGCGCAAAACAGUCUAUUAUUGCUUCAUCAACUAUGAAGGCUGAAUUUGUAGUAUGCUUUGAGGCUACAAAUCAUGGUUUGUGGUUGCGGAACUUUAUUUUGGGAUUUGGUGUUAUGGAUUCAAUUUCUAGACCACUGAAAAUUUAUUGUGAUAACACUGCAGCUGUCCUCUUUACUAAAAACGAUAAGUAUUCCAAUAGCGUUAAGCAUAUGGAGCUGAAAUAUCUUACCGUUAAAGAAGAAGUUUAG